GUCUCAUCCCCGAUGCGGUGCGGUGCCACUCCCACCACCUCGUCUCGCCGCUCGCUCGCUCGCUCGCUCGCGUCCUCCCCAAUAGAAAAGCAAGCCGCAAAAAUAAUCGCCAAAGCCCAAAAGAGAUAGGGAGAGAGAGAGAGAAGAGGAGACGCGACGCGAGGGGAGGGGAGGAGGAAAAAGCGGAGGGAGAAAAGAAGAAGAAGAAAAAUCCCCGUCCACCGCCCGCCCGCCCGCUGCGCCGCCGCGCGCUGCACACACGGACGGACGGACGGACCUCCCCCCCGAGCGCUGCCGGAUUCAGUCAGUGAGGCGCGGACUCGGGGCUGAGACGGAGCGGCCGACAGAUCGAGCGCCGGCGAUGCAGCCGCCGCACCCGGAGGCGGGGCCCGAGCAGGAGGCGGUGCCGGCUCCAGUCAAGAAGAAGCGGAACCUCCCCGGGACGCCAGAUCCGGACGCCGAGGUGAUCGCGCUCUCGCCGGGGACGCUGCUGGCCACGAAUCGCUUCGUGUGCGAGGUCUGCGGCAAGGGCUUCCAGCGGGACCAGAACCUGCAGCUGCACCGCCGCGGCCACAACCUACCCUGGCGGCUGCGGCAGCGCGGGCCGGGCGCCGCUCCGCCGCGCCGCCGGGUUUACGUGUGCCCCGAGCCAGGCUGCGUGCACCACGCCCCGACGCGAGCCCUCGGUGACCUCACCGGGAUCAAGAAGCACUUCUGCCGAAAGCACGGGGAGAAGCGCUGGGCGUGCCCGCGCUGCGGCAAGCGCUACGCCGUCCAGGCCGACCUCAAGGCGCACGCCAAGACCUGCGGCACCCGCGAGUACCGCUGCGACUGCGGCACGCUCUUCACCAGACGGGACAGCUUCGUGACGCAUCGCGCCUUCUGCGGCGCUCUCGGGGAGGAGACCGGCAGGGUGCUGGCGCCGCCGGCGCCGCCAUCGCCUCGGCCGCCUGAUUUGGAAGCUGAGAAUGUUGACAAGGACAAGGACAACGACAAGGGGGAGGAGGAGAAUGAGGAUUCUGCCGUGGCCGAGGUGGAGGAGCCUCAGCGUGUGGAGGUGGUGCCAGAGGAGCCACAGCGCAUUCCGUCUCCACCUCCAUUGCCACAGGAGCCACCGACCCAUCCGUCUCCACCUCCAUUGCCACAGGAGCCACCGCGCCACCAGUCUCCACCUCCAUUGCCGCAGGAGCCACCACGCCGGCUGUCCCCACCCCCGUUGCCAAAGGAGCCACCGCGCCGGCUGUCCCCACCUCCGUUGCCAAAGGAGCCACGGUGCCGUCCAACUCCACCUCCAUUGCCAAAGGAACCACAGCGGCUUCCGUUUCCACUGGAGCAGCAGCCAGUUGUGGCAUUGGUGCCAAAUCUGGAUGAGCCAGAGGUGGUUGCUGUGCCAACUGUGACUGCCAAAAUAGAGGAUGAAGCCGAUCAAGAUGAAGAUACCUGUUUCCAGGAAGCUGAUCAGUACAAGGAUGCUGAGCUUGAGGUCUCCAAUCUGCUGGACAAGGACACCCCAAUGCCUCCUUGCUUGCUCCCCUCGCCCUCAGAAGCUAUUGGUACUGAUGGAAGCAGCACAACCUGCGGUGCAGGUGGCAGUGUUUCCAAUUCCAUCGCGCCAUCGACAACCACCAACACAUUUGCCGGUCUGUUUGCGUCAGCCACAACAAGCACCACUUCCCAGAGCAGAUCUCUGCGCGAUCUCAUUGGUGUAGAUCCCACAUUCCUUUGCCUUGCAAUUGGAGCGCCCUCUAUGUUCCCGCAGACAAGCGCAAGCAAUUCAGGCACCUUCGCCCCGCCUCCGGCGCCACACAUGUCCGCGACAGCGCUCCUGCAGAAGGCGACAGAGGCUGGAGCCACACAAUCAAGCUCAUCAUUCUUGAAGGAGUUUGGGCUUGCCUCUUCCUCUUUGUCAUCGCCUCCAUCAAAGCAGCAACCCCAAGGAAGGAUCGCUGAUACCAGCACGGAACCAUGGCAGUACCGGAGGAACCAGCAAAUGGAGAUGGAGCGUCACCAGAGUCAUCAACGGAGGGAGAUGGAGUCCAGUUCACAACCAUGGCACCCCCGUAGUACCCAGCAAAUGGAGAUGGAGCGCCACCACCGGAAUCAUCAACAAAGGGAGAUGGAGUCGAGUUCGCAACAAUGGCACCACCACCGGAAUCAUCAACAAAGGGAGAUGGAGUCCAGUUCGCAACAAUGGCACCACCACCGGAACGACCAGCAGAUGGUGGGGUUGGAGAGCUACCGGAGUAAUCAGCAAAUGCAGAUGGAGUCCAGUUCGCAACGAUGGCUGCACCCCAGGAGCUAUCAGCAGCAAAUGGAGGUGGAUUCCAGUUUGCAACGGUGGCCGCACCACAGGAGCAACCAGCAGCAAAUGGAGAUGAUGGAGCGGCACCACCGGAGUAACCAGCAGCAAAUGGAGAGGGAGUCCAGGGCGAUGCUAUCUGGCGGUCUCGGCCUUGGCCUUGCAUACGAAAGUGGAAACUCAGGCUUGCCGGACCUGGUGAUGGGACCAUCACCACUGUUCGGUCCUAAGCCUGCUGCAACGCUGGACUUCCUUGGGCUUGGCAUCGGAGGGACCAUGGGCGGCUCCACGGUUGCCAACCGUGGCCUCCCGGCAUUGAUGAUUGGAGGAGAGCUGGACAUGGGGUCUUCGGCACAGGUGCCUGCGCCAUGGGAGGACGCCAAGAGGAAGACCAACAACGGCCGCACGAUCCUGUGAGGUUUUCUCCUGUUUUUUUGUUUGGUUGGUAACCUUAGAGGAGUUCCGUGCCUCGGCUUGCCCAUCAUUCUUUUAGCCGCAGCUGUGCAUGCUUUUGGUGGAGGAGCUAGAAGCUCUGUAAGAUGCUGAAGACCUGUACAUAGCUCGAUCGAUGCUUCUCCCAAUCCUGCAUUCUGUCUGGAAAAAAAAAUAAUAACCCCCACGAAUUGAAGCUGUUAUUAUAGCCACAAUUCGAUUCGAUCCCGGCAGGAUGGAACCUGACCUUUGAUGCCCCGUUGCUUUCGGAUGUGAUGAGGCAACAGGGUUAGUAGUAGUCGUACUACCAGAAAUCUUGCGGUGAUAACUCGGUACUGCUUUUGGAAAGAUCCGAGAUUAGGACAGCGAUGCUGACAUUGGAAAGGUGUUUUUUACUGUUACUGUUGUUGUUGAUGCUGCUGCUAAGUCGGCACGGUUACUUACCUAACCUGCUGCUGGUCUGCAAGCUUCCACGGGAGCCUUUGGUACUUUUGGAGAAGCUAUCGUGUACUUUUGUGUCUAAAAUAAACCUGUUUAUUGAUAA